CAGGCUCUUUUGGUACUCUUUUGUGAAGCACGUGGUGUCAUAUGCUAGCACUAGGAGACGACUUCCCGCCAGUAUCCAGUCCAUCGUCGCUGGGGGUGGACGUGUGUUGACACUGCUCCCUUCCCCACACUUUAUGCAGGAUGGAUGCUGUUCCAGGACCUUCUGGAUUAGUGAUAUCUCCAAAGCAAAUGUACAAGAAGAGGCAGAAACGUUUGACCACUAAAGAGAUCGAAGACACCCUCAACUGUAGUGAUGCUGAAGACAUAAGUGAAUAUGAAGGCAACGAAAUGGAUGACAUCGAUGACCCUGGAAUAUCAGAUACUGGCAGCACUACUGACGAAGGAGAUGGUGAAGAAACAGUUGUUCUAGUUGUGGAUGAUGCAGAAAUUAUUCCAGCUCCUCAGUUUCCAUCUCAUCCUAAAAGAAAGAAACGCAGACGCACCAUUUGGAAACAUGUCACUGAACAAAAAGAACCACCUUCAGUUCCUGUUUUUGAUAUUCCAGAGCAAACAGAGGACGAGGUGCUGUUGACACCUUUGCAAUACUUCAAGAGGUUCAUGUCUGAUGAAUUCCUCAGUGAGAUUGUUGAACAGAGCAACUUGUACGCUCUACAGCAAAAUCCUAACAAGCCUCUGGGUCUUACAUGUGAUGAGUUUGAACAAUGGCUAGGAUGUGCUUUCUUCAUGUCAGUUAGCAAAAUUCCUAAUACACGUCUGCACUGGUCUACUUACACAAUGACUGAGGCUGUAUCAUGUGUUAUGAGUAGAAAUAGGUGGGAAGAAAUCAAAUCCCAUUUGCAUUUUGUGGAUAACAGCAACACUGACACCACUGACAAGUUAUGCAAGGUGAGGAUGUUGAUAGACCACCUGAGACAGGAGUUUAGAAAAGUUCCUAUGACUGAGCAUCUAAGUGUAGACGAGCAAAUUGUUCCCUUCAAGGGAGUAUCAAGCUUGAAACAGUACAAUCCAAAGAAACCCUCUAAAUGGGGAUAUAAAAUAUUUGUCCUAGCAGAUGACAAAGGUUAUGUUUAUGACUUCAGGCCUUAUACAGGUAAAAUUUGCCCUGUAAGCACCAGUGAUGUGCCUGACCUUGGGCCAAGUGCUAAUUCGGUUUUACACUUGGCAGAAGUGAUACCUCAUCACAAGAACCAUAAAUUAUAUUUUGACAAUUGGUUCAACUCUCUUCCUUUAGUAGAGUACUUAGCGACUAAAGGGAUUUGGUGCUGUGGCACAGUUCAGAGUAGGAGACUUCCAGAUUUGUCAUUCCAGUCUGAUAAGCAACUAGCCUCCAAGGGUAGAGGUAGUUACGAUGAAUGGAUGACAACGAGUGACAGUGGUGUUACUACAUAUGCAGUCAAAUGGUAUGACAACAAAGCAGUGUGCCUAAGUUCAACAUUUGCUACUUCUCAACCACAACAGACUUGUGUGAGAUAUGACAGGAAGAGAAAGGAAGAAGUUGAAGUCCCUAGACCUAAUAUUGUCAAAUUGUACAAUGAGCACAUGGGGGGUGUGGAUCUUCAAGACCAACUCCUGGCGUACUAUAGAAUGUCUUUUCGUUCUAGGAAAUACUACUUGAGGCUUGUUUUUCAUCUUUUUGACAUGGCAGUAGUCAAUAGUUGGCUACUUUACAGGCGCUCAGCUGUCUCACUAGAAAUUCCUGAGAAGAAGCAAUAUGCCCUCUGUGAUUUCAAACUAAAACUAGCUUUCUCACUCACAGCUAGUGGAAAGGAUUUGAGAAAGAAAAGAGGGAGGCCAUCAACUGAUGCUGUAAAGGUAAACUUUGAGAAAAAGAAGAAAUGUGGCAGAGCAACUAAACCCAUUCCUGAAGAUGACAUCCGCAAGGAUGGAAUAGGACACUUCCCUGCUUUCUCAGCAAACCGUACAACAUGCAAACUCCCAGGGUGCAAAAGCAAAGUGCGUAUGUAUUGCCUAAAAUGUAAUGUGUACUUGUGCUGUGAUCAGAAGAAAAACUGCUUCCUGGACUUUCACCAGUAGGAAUAGAAAACAAUGUGAGAUAAAGGGAAACAUUGUGUUACAAAAAUGAAAUCAAAUGUAUUUUAUGUUUUUUGGAGCUCUAUGUUAUGUUUUGAACAGUAUCAAGAUAUGGAAUAAUUUAUUGUUUGUGUAGAACAUAGAAAAUACCUUACAGAAAAAUUAUUUUUUGUUUUUGCAUUUAAAGUGCUCAAGUGCCCAAUGGACCCAAUUGGUCACCUUUUGGUUAAAUGCCCACAAACAUUUAAAUUUAACAAUUUUUGUAAUAAAUAAUUUCUUCUGCA